AUGACCAACAUCUCCGACCUGAUAGGCGGGAUCAGGGGUCCCUUACAGGUUAGGAUACUACGGAAGUGGAAACAUGAUGUCCGACACUAUGAAACCUGGUACCUAGGUGUCAACAAAUUUGGCGAUGCCAUACAGAUUCUUGGCCAACGAACCAACCAGAGUUAUAUUGAAUCUGUACUAAACGUCCUGGAAUGUUACACAAUAUCAGAUUACAGUUGCCCGAAGCUAGACAAAUAUCAAAAAUUCCUUGAAAACGACUUCUACAUUGACAUUGGACUGAUGUAUGUAAUUCAACACAUUCCAGACACAAUAGCUAUACCCAAAACUUGGUUCCGUUUCCUCACCAAAACAAAUCUUAUUGAACUCGAAGAAACACCACCUUACUACCCAGACUACAUCGGUGUCUUAUCGAAAAUCAGAGACUGCACGAAAGUAGGUGGAGAAUCAUACGUCCUGCUCAUACUAACAGACGAAAGCGAAAUCGCAAUCAAUCUAUGGAAGGACUGUAUAGGAAAUCCACAAAACUUCAACCGUGCCUCCCUACAUCCACCACCCGCAACAACAGUGGUUGCAGUCACCAACUUAAAAUCAUCCAUCUCAAACGGAGCACUGCAUCACGGCUCAUCACAUGCUACGCAUAUCUAUGUCAACCCCGACAUACCAGAAACAACAUCUCUUAUAAACCUUUAA